AUAUAAUGAGACCCUUACAUGCAGACUGACAUUAGAUCAGACAUGAACUCUUGUUGUUUAAAAUAGAAUCUGAACUCGUCAUUUUGACACCUUUCCCCCAGUGCUACUGUAUGCAGCCGCGACAUGAAAGUCUCCACCUCUGCAGGAGAUACAGCUGUUUCUGCAGGGCCCCCAUUUUUAGUCUGGGGCGGACAAAUGUAUGAGCUCAGGAGGGUUCUCACAGACUCGGUGGCGCCAGGUCUUCACACACUCACAGGAUAUGUAAAGACUUCAAUAACGAGCUAUUAACCCCUAAUCAUCGGGAUCGAUCAGGCGUUAACAAGGACCUCUACAUAUGCAAAUUAGAGCAAAGGGCCAGGGCCCUUAUAAAAGCCGACCGUAGACAGGAGCUGCAACCACACAUUCCCUCUGACAUUUGGUGGAUUUACAGGUCACCGAGCAGCACUGCGAACAUGGUCAAAUACUUUUCUGUGGACUGGCUGGCCCAGAGCCAUCACGACACAGCGCCUACCGAGGACCACGGAGCUGGCAUGGAUACUACGCCGACCUGCAGACCUCAUAUUCCCUGCAUGGUGCAGCCGCGCCCGCCGACUUUUGGCAAGAGUUACCUGCAGCCAAAACCCAAAGCAUCAACGCCUGUUAAACACGCAGAGAGCAACGGACAGCAGGACUCCAACCUGUGCUCACCUCUGCAUCCAACAAGCUGCGCCUCACCAAUUUCAGAAAUCAGCGGGUAUUCCUCCGGGUACGAGAGCGAGGCGGCUUCCUCUGAGUGUCUCUAUGUGGACGAGGGAAGCGAGAUGGAGAAAGACGGACCACAGCGCCGUGUGCGCACUAAGUUCACCACAGAGCAGAUCAACAAACUGGAAAAGAUCUUCAACAAGCACAAGUACUUGGACGCUGGAGAGAGAGUGAAGACAGCCCAGAAGCUCAACCUCACAGAAACUCAGGUGAGGACCUGGUUUCAGAACAGGAGGAUGAAACUUAAACGGGAGGUGCAGGACUACCUCGCUCCUCAAGUCCCACCGGUGAUGUUCCAACCUCUGGCCCCGGUUCAGUACCACAGCAUGGCCGGACAGCGACCCCAUUACCCGGCGACCGGCCGGGCCUUUUACCCGAUCUCCGUUCCGCAGCUGGUCCUCCAGCAGCAGCAGCAGCAGAUGUGCCCUCCUCGUCACAUGAUCCACAGCCAACAUUUCUAUUGAACUGUCAACUAGAGACUUUUCCGACUGAAACACUUAGAAUCCAAAAGAAGUGCAAUCCAGAGAUGUGUGAUUUUUUAUUAUAUUUUAU